CAUUGUACGCUUCAACAUCAUAAGAAGAAAUGUAUGGGAUGGAGCAUCCAGAGCAAUGGGCAGAUCCAAUUUUUCACCUGAGAAGAAGGUAGAUGUUAAGUUUACUGAUGACUACGGAAUAUCUGAAGGAGCAGUGGACAAUGGAGGGCCUACUCGGGAGUUUUUCCGACUCUGUCUUCAUGAAAUCAAGGACAAAAUUGCCAUCUUUGAGGGACCACCUAAUUCUAAACUGCUUACAUGCAACUCCAAAGCAAUGAAAGACAAUACCUACUUCUAUGCUGGCCAAAUCAUGGCAAUGUCAAUUGCUCAUGGGGGACAGUCUCCAUGUUUCCUGUCUGAACUUUUAUAUGAGUGUCUUCAAAAGGGCCCAGACAAUGUGAAGGUCAAAAUUGAACAUAUUACUGAUGAAGAAACAAAGUCACAGCUCAAGUCGAUCUUACAGGCUGAGAAUGAAUUACAACUACACAAUGCACUAACACAGGCAGGCAACUUGAUCAGUCUUGCUGGUCACAAUGUUCGCGUAACACUGGAAAACAAACAAGAGACUGCUUUGGACCUGGCUCACUGGUUCAGAGAUGGCUUAAUGUCUCUGGGUGUCCUAGAUGCUCUUCGGAGAUACCCUCUACAGUUGAAAUGUCUUUUUGUUAAGGGUGGAAAGGCCUUAACAGCAAUUGAUGUGGAGAAUCUCUUCCAUGUUAAAUAUUCCGAAAGAGGGAGUAAUGCAUUUCACGAAGAGAGCAGGACCCUGGCAUUCUGGCAAGACUAUCUUCAGGAUGCUGAAUACAGACUAUGUCUCAUUCGUGUACAAGCAUAA